AUGUUCAUGGUUCAAGGUCGUACGCUUCUGGCCCUUCAGGCUGCACUGGUCCUGCUUGUUUCGCCCUGCUUUUGCUUCGCUCCGUCUUGUUUGAAGCUUCGUUCACACGGAACGAUGAGCCCCUUGAGGUCAGCAAGACCAUCGAUCUUGAUGUCUGCCAAGCCUCAGGACACCUUGGAAGCUAAACUUUCGAGCAUCUCCAACAUGAUCUUCUCUGGCAUUCUUGGAGCCUCGUUGAUUCUUUCCCCGGGCAUGGUUACGCCAGAUUCCCCUGUGUCCUAUGGAGGCACAGCUUAUGCGCAAGGAGCCACGUCGUCCAAGGUCACUCGUGGAGCCCCUUCAGUUGAUGCCAACAAGGACCCGGAGUCUAUCCUCCGACUUUCACUUCCUAUCAAUCCAAAGAAUCCCAUCCGAGAAGCGCAGGCUGAACUCGAGAUGAAGAUGGACAAAGCUUUCCGAGAGAUCAGGGGCGAGAGGUGGAGCAAGAUUCUUGGAUACUCUAGGAAGGCCCUGAAUGUCGUCACGACCAAAUCUGAUGCCAUUCUGAAGGACGUUUCUUCUGAUCGUCAAGCUGAGGGCAAGGCGUUGCUUGAUGAAGUAAAGAGCAGCUUGGAAAAUGUCGUCAAAAGCGUGGAAACACAAGAUGUUGCAGUUGUUGAGAAAGCAAAACGAGCGGCCCUUGACAAGAUUGGAUUGCUGGAGCAGCUUAUGAUCAAGGACUUUCCUUAUCAGUGA